AUGAAGUUCACUCUCAAAAAAACCUUUGCCGCCCACGCGGACCCGAUCAACAUAGUUUCGCUCAGUGAUGACAGUGCCGUCCUGUUGACUGGCGCUGAUGAUGGCUACCUCAUGAUCUGGAACAUGCAGUCGGGCGAGAAGAUACAAGAGAUUCCUUGCUUCUUUCAUGGUGCAAUCAGCGCCAUCUCUUGGCUUGGCGAGGCGCUUUCAUUCGUGUUUGGGUCCUCAGAUGGAGUUUUGCACCUCUAUCGAAGGCCUGAUUUGAGUAGCAUGUUUGAGGUGUCAUCACUGACGAUUGCCCACGAUGAUACUGUCCAAGACAUCAAGUUCGACCGAAACCAUCGCCGGGUUGCGAGUGUCGGAGGAGGCUCUGCACAGGUCUGGACACUCAAUUCCAGCGGAGUUCUGGAAAGUGUGAUCAAAGUGUCUCCUCACCAGGACGUCCUGGCAAGUUCGAUUCACUUCUGCGAUCAAGGCGCGAGCAUCGUGGCAUGCUUCUUAGAGUCUCAUGAAAUAUUCUGCUACGGCAUUGAGCCCUGGACCCUGAAAUGGGCAAAGCAAGUCCCUACUCACAUUGGGCAUUCCAUUCUUUCGCAAGACGAUGAGUUCAUUUUCAUCACUAAUCUCGUCAACGGUGUCGACCAGUACAAAUUUCCAUCCCUCGAGCGACUCAGGUCAUAUACAUAUCCAAUUGUUCACAACCGAAUCAUGCAGAUUGCGACUUUCGGUACAAAUAUCGUUGUAGGUGGAGAUGACGGGUUUGCCCGUCUCUUCGACAGUAGAACGGGUCGUUUGGUCGAAUGUCUCAACCAUUCUAGUGGUGCACUAGUUCAAGUUGUCACUACAAAGGAGAAUGCACAAGGCUUUAUGGUAAUUACUGCGACCACCGAAAGCGGGCCAUCGCAGGUCUUGCAGGGCAAGAGAGAAUUCGGUGGCAUUGCCACUGAUCAAGGGACUUCCUGGCCGCAGCUGUUACUCGUCGCAUUUCUAGGAGCCGCUUUCAUGAGCUUCAUAGCUUCGGGUGCUCAUAUGCGUCUCGCCGUCAUAAUCUGGUCAUUGUUGAAAGCCACGGCCACCACUUUGAGAGAUUUGUAG